GUAUUUGUUACUUCUGGUUGGUUUUGUGUUGUUUGCUACUUCACAAACUGGUCAGGAGAUUUGCUCAUACCAGGCGCCCAUUUUGAAAUCUCAGACAUAAACCCCAAGUUGUGUACACACCUCAUGUUCGCCUUCGCCAAGAUAGACACGCAGUCGUUCCAGCUACACCCAACACGAACAGAUGACCAGGGCGAAUCGGGUGAACUCGGAAGAUAUAUCGAAUUCAGCCAACUUAAACGGAAAAACCCGAAGUUGCUGACGAUGUUGUCCGUCGGAGGGUCAUUGCAGGCGAACGCGGGUUUUGGAGAAAUCGUGACGUCAGAGGAAGGGCGGCGAUUGUUCGCGAAAAACUGCGUCGGAUAUUUACGGAAAUGGGGGUUUGACGGGAUAGACUUGGACUGGGAGUAUCCGGGAGACCCGCCAGAAACGAAAAGAAACUUUACUAUUUUAAUUCAGGACAUACGACAAGUCAUCGAAGACGAGCCGAGAACGGCUAGACAGAAGAAACUGCUCAUGUCUCUUGCGGCCCCGGUAAGCGAGGAUAAAAUCACUCGGGGCUACGAAGUGGAGAAAGUCGCCAGCAUAGUCGACUUCAUAAACCUGAUGGCUUACGACUUCCACGGACCCUGGAACCAAAUCACUGGCCUGAACGCCCCCCUCUAUCCCAGGGAGGGGGACUGGAGGUUCACCCCAGAUCUCAAUGUGGUAUCAGCGGUGAAAACGUGGACUGAUCGCGGAGCCCCACGAGAGAAGAUCGUGCUCGGUUUCGCUGGUUACGGAAGUUCAUACACCCUCAACAACACAGCGGAGACGUCUGUAGGCGCUGCCGUGGCUGACGUCGGACGACCGGGACCGUACAGACUCAUGAAGGGACAGCUGUCGUAUUACGAGAUAUGCAUUUUGCUACAAGACGGCGCCACCUACCAGUGGGAUGACCUGCAGAAGAACCCGUAUGUGUAUAUCAAUGACACCUGGGUGGGCUUCGAUGACGAACACAGUAUUGAUGUGAAGGUGGACUGGAUCAUAGAACAGCAACUUGGUGGGGUAAUGUUUUGGUCACUAGAUCUGGACGAUUUCAAAGGUUCAUUUUGCAACAAAGGAAAAUACCCCCUCUUGCGAGCCAUAGUGACCGCUGUCGCCAGACACUACCCCGACGUGGUCGUCCCUCCAUACGAAAAUACAACGGAAGUGACGACGUCUUCGAUAACCACACCAAAACCAGUGCUGACUUCCGUUAUUACGACACCUACGCAUGUUACGAUACCAUCUACAAGAACUACGGAAGAGAUCAAAUUGUCAACACAGCCAGACCGCAAUGCGACUGUCGUGAUAACGCCACGUAUCAUUAUGACACAACGACCAAUCGCUACUCGCAAGACAACAGUCGAUAUGACGUCACCAAGAGUUACGACACACACGCGCACGCCCUCUACAGUUCGAAGCCAGAUGACAAGCGCAUCAACGAAUGUGGUUGUUACUAAAAUCCGGACAACUGCGAAGUCUGAAUUUGAGGUGGAGACUCCUAUUGAUAGAAACCUGCCGCCAUGGAUACCAGACAAAAAUGACGUCAUUGAUAAUUCAGGCAGAGAAGGACACGUGAAUAAUGGCGAUGAUCAUUUUGACAACCACCACAUAAACAGUGUAGCCGCAGAAAGCGGAUCUGGGGGUGUUUCUUUAACGGCAGGGGUCGACAGCCAUUUUUCUACCGAAUUAUGGUUAUAUUGUUGUAUUAUUUUAUACACGUUUUUUUACUAUUAAAUAUUUUUAGC